AUGCCAACCUUAUUCUCAUGCUUUCAGCUUCUACGACACUCCUGCCAUCUUUCUCGAUCAUUGCUAGUAGGUCUGGUGGCUCCGCCGCCAAUGUCUUCGCCGGCUCCCGGAACUUCUCCGCCGUCACCUCUCGAUCCGUCAGUAACCAACACCACUGCCUCUCCGACAGCGACCUUUCCCCUCCUUCCUCCAACAAAUGCAACUUCUAUUGGUUCUGAACCUACUCUUUCGCCGCCGGCUCAAAAUCGAUCUAGUAGUAACAGUGCAUUGGUUGCGCUUGGAAUCGGAAUAGGCAUUGGCGGUGCUGUUGUGCUUGUUUUCGUUGGCGUUUUCGUUGUUUGGUACAAGAGACGGAAGAGACGUCGUCUUGCCUUGUCGGAGUCUUCUGCUCCAUUAGGGUUUAAAGAUGAAUUUGGGAUCACACCUCAAAACUGGCAACACAAUGCUCCUUCAUCAAAGGAAAAUACAAACGGAUUGCCACCAAAGUCCACCAAUUCGCCACUAAACGCAUCAUGUUUUCAGUUAUCUUCACUGGGUUCCUCAGCCCCUCCUCCACCACAUUCAACAAGCAGUGCAGGGUCUGAAAAGCAAAACCCACAGCCACAAUCAACAAUGGGUCAGGGUUACCCAAACUCCAAGACCAUAUUUAGUUAUGAAGAAUUAGCAACUGCAACACAAGGCUUUUCACAAGUGAAUCUCCUUGGUCAAGGUGGUUUUGGGUAUGUCCAUAAAGGAGUCCUUCCAAAUGGUGAGAUAGUUGCCAUUAAACAACUGAAAGUUGGAAGUGGACAAGGGGAACGUGAGUUUCAGGCUGAAGUUGCUAUAAUUAGUCGUGUUCAUCAUAAACACCUUGUAACACUUGUUGGAUACUGCAUUUCUGGGAUUCAAAGGAUGCUCGUUUAUGAGUUUGUUCCAAACAAGACCCUUGAGUUCCAUUUACAUGGAAAGGAACGUGGGCCUUUGAAUUGGGAAAUGAGGAUGAAGAUUGCUUUAGGAUCUGCAAAAGGAUUAGCAUAUUUGCAUGAGGAUUGUCAACCUAAGAUCAUUCAUCGUGAUAUCAAGUCUGCAAAUAUACUUCUGGAUAUCAAUUUUGAGCCAAAGGUUGCCGAUUUUGGACUUGCUCGAUUCACUUCUGAAACCGAUACCCAUGUUUCGACUCGCGUGAUGGGAACUUUUGGUUAUUUAGCUCCAGAGUAUGCUCUUACCGGAAAACUAACAGAAAAAUCAGAUGUCUUUUCCUUUGGUGUGAUGCUUCUGGAAUUGAUUACUGGACGCCGACCUAUCGACAAAGCCCAAUUCUUGGAUGAUAACAUUGUCGACUGGGCAAGACCAUUGCUAAAUGAAGCAUUAGAAAAUGGUGACUUCAGCUCUUUAGUGGAUUCGGGGCUAAAUAAUGAUUAUGAUUCUGGUGAAAUGUCUCGGAUGAUUGCUUGUGCUGCUGUUUGUGUACGUCAUUUGGCAAGGCGUAGGCCAUCAAUGACCCAGAUAGCAAGAGCGUUAGAAGGGAACCUGCCACUAGAGGAUUUAGACGAGGGUUUGAAACCUGGGCACAUAAAAUUUAACGCUUCUCAUGAGAGCUCUGAUUUUGAUACUGCACAGUAUAGAGAAGAGUUAAAAAAGUUUCAGAAAAUGGCAUUUGAGAGUCAAAAUAACUCGAGUGUAUGGAGUGCACCCACCACAAGUUUUGGUCAGCAGCCAUCUGGAUCUAGUAGUUCGACACAUGAUCUAGGCUCGACCAAACUAGUUAAACAAUAAUUAUAAUUAUUUUAGAGUUUAUUUGGAUGAGAUAAGAUAUGAUUGUGUUUAUAUAGAGCUUUAUCGUUGUACAGAAACAGAAACAGAAACAGACUCGGGAUUUUGGUUUUUGAUUAGUUGAGGACCCCAAUGUUUUGGUGUGAUAUUAGCUGUGGGAGGUUUUCUAGGACAAUAUUUGGAUGCGUUUGUGACUUUAUGUUAUUUCAAGUUAUGAUAAUCAGAAUUAAAAGAAAUGAACUCAAACGAAGGUAUAGA